CGUUUAUUCUAUAACAGGAAUACGGAAACAUAGGGAAUGGAGAAUUAUGUGUUAGAAAAGUGAGAGAUUAGGAAUUCAAGUUGCACCCUCUGCAGUGCGCCUCGUAAAUGGAGGAGAAGAUAUGCCUUAUACAUAGCAUAUCAGUGAUGCCUUUAUCAAACCUCUCUUUGAGAAACCCAUGAGCAAGCACUCCGUGGGCGCAUAUAUGGAGCUCCACGCGAACGUUGGGCGUUCCUUCUGGGCUGUUCACUCUUCUAAUACCAGAAGGGAUUCAGAAAGCUCGGCCGCCCAUCAACCUCACUCGGAUACAUCUUCCCCAAAUCAGGACUUAGGGGCCCAGGACAGAAGUAUGAAGCCUACAGUUCAUAAGCAGCUGCAAGACCUGCGAGCUGAUACGACGAGAUUACUGGAGCGCCUGGAACAGGCUAAGGCAAGGACUCAGAAUCAGACAUGGGCCGAUGCUGAGUCUCAGACGGAGAUAAUCAAGUCAAUAGUCCAAGAUGCGCAGACGAUGAUUAAGAUGCACCAACGGCUGCUGCCAAGCUAGGUCCCAGGGGAACAUUUUCCGACGGCAGUUG